GGAUGAUAAGAAAUUCAGUACAAAAUAAAGUAAUUUCAUGUUCUUUUACAUUAAUCACUUUAAUGUGUCUAUUAUUGGCAGAGUUAAUAGUAGUAACAGGUACCUACCUAAAUUUAGGUACCUUCUGGAUUAUAACUUCCUGGAAUAUUCUUAAUAAAAUUAUCUUAAUUGUUAUUUGAGAAGGGUUUAAUUUACAUUUAUUUCGCAAAUAUUCAACAACAAGUUAAAUUUGUAACAGAUAUCUGCAAUAACAGUUUUAUUUAAAGUUUAAGACUUCUGGUGGUAGUGUACGAGAAAAUGUCUUUUGGAAAAGCGAAAAGGUUUAACUAUAAAUGUCCAGAUCUACAGGUAUCUCCGGCAGACUACUACAUUUGUUCUUCAUUUGAAAAAUCAUGUACCAUUUCAAAAAGCCCGCGGUUUCCAUUAAAGCAAGAUGGUCAAUUUGCAGUAUUUUGUUCACGCAAGAAUUGCAGGUGUAGCGAAUUUAAAGAAAGACAUGAAAAUUUCUCUAGAUAUUCUGGCUCUAGUAAUAGAAGUUACGGAAGUGGUCCAAGCCAAGCUUCCACUCCUUAUAGAAGCACAAGAAACUUAAAUUCCACAGACCUCGACAAGAUGAAAGAAAAAAUAAUGCUAUUAAACAAGGAAGACAUCCAACGUUUUCCUUUUGGAAGCCCUGGAAAAAGUUCAGCAGAUUCCGAAAAUACAGUCAAAAAUCUUGUUCACAAAUACGAAAAUCUUCCGAAAUAUUUUAAUAUUUGGACCAGUGAAGAGUUUAUAGACGACGACUAUCAUAGUUAUACAAGUUCCGAUGAGCUUGACCACUUCCAAAAAAUGGAGUUCUUUAACAAUAAAGAAAUAAAAAGGCAUGUUGACGAUAGAGAAAAGUUUGAAUACAUAAUUAUCGAGAAGAUGGAUAAAAUUGGAAAAAUAAUUGAGAAUUUUCAAGAAAAUCUUUCAGGAUUGAAAGAAAAAGUUGACCGUAAUGAACUUAUUAACAGAGAACACAGAUGCAGCAAAUACACAAACUCUGUAUCCGACUUUCGACAAGAUACAUCUGUUGACAUCAAAGAUAUUAUUUUUAAAGCUAUCGAAAAUCUACGAAAAGAAUUCGAAUCCAAACAACAUUCAAUUCUGUCAGACACUAUCGAAAAACUCAAAGAUCUAGCUAAAGAUAUUCACACAGCUAAACAAAGCUCCGCUAAAAAAACCAAACAUAUAUGCGAGAAAACCGCUUCGGUCCUAUACAAUGAUAUUAUGGAUUAUAUUGAUAAAAAUGAUACUCUGGAAUUUGAAACAUCCCAAAAUUACGAUAAAGUGAUGGCCGAUGAGAGUUUUGACCAUCCAGACUUUAAUUAUGAGAAUAUUUGCCAAAUUUUGUCGGAUCAUCUUCAAGUAAGCCAGAGGGAAUUGGACGAUUUAAAGAAAGAGAAGAUGGAUGUUACUAUAAAAUUUGUGGAUACUGAAGAAAAGCUCAAGACUCAAACCUCAGUUAUUGACAAGCUUCAUGAAGAAAUCAUAGAACUAAAGAAAACCUGCUGAUUCAAAUUAAUGCCUAUAAAUUAUAUUUUUAACUGAAUGUAAUGCACUGCCUAUCUCGUUUUUUUUAUUAAUAAGAAUAUAAUAAAUAAAUGCUAAUACAU